GAGACAGUGGAUGUCUGCAUCCCAAGCCCAAGUCCAUCAUGAGCACGAUGCACCUUCAGCCUGUGGCCACAGCCAACACGGUGGAAGAGCAGAGGGCCCGCUGGGAAAGGAAACGGAGCCGGACAGCUAGGGAGCUGGUGGAAACAGAGCAGAGAUACCUGGAGCAGCUGGACCUAGUGAUCACAUAUUUUGUGACCAUUCUGAAGGCCAAAGGGACUUUGCUGCCAGCUGAGCGGGCAGCCAUAUUUGGACCCCUGGAAUCCAUACACCUCACCAGCCAGACUCUGCUGCACCACUUGGAGAGGGGGUGCCUGGGGCAAGGGCUGGACAGCUUCUGUCGUGAGCUGGAGCUCUAUGGCCACUAUGCCGAGAACCUGGAGCCAGCAAGGAAAGCCCUGCAGGAGCAGGUGAAGAAGAACAAGGCAUUUCGCCGGUUCAAAAAGCUUCAGGAGUCUCGACCUGAGUUCCUGGGCUUACAGCUGGAGGACCUGCUCCCUCUGCCCCUGCAGAGGCUCCAUCAGUACAAGCACCUGCUGAGAGACCUGAUGGAGAACACCAGCCCGGACUGUGCAGAGUUCCAGCAGCUUGCAAGGGCUGUGAAAUCCGUUUCCAAGAUGUCUCACUGGGUUCGUGACACUGCUCGCAGCCAUGAGAACUCCCUGCAGCUGCUGCGAGUCCAGAAGCUGCUCAAAGGACGGAAGGUGAAGGUGCUGGCUCCAGGGCGCUGGUAUGUCCGGGAGGGCUGGCUGAUGGUGGUGCCUGCAAAGGGAGAAGAGGUGAAGCGUAAGAUGUUCUUCCUUUUCUCGGAUAUCUUGAUUGCCACAAAGCCCUGCCACCCGCUGCACCUUCUCAAUUCGGACAAGUUUGCUUGCCAAGCUGUUUACCCCCUGAGCCAGUGCACAGUGGAUAAAGUGUUUGGUCAUACCCAGGGGCAAGGAGGGCUGCUCAGUCUUUGCUUUCCACACAAGACCCUGCUGCUGAUGUCGAGCAACCAGGAGGACAUCAAUCACUGGCACCUGAGUCUCACAACUGCCAUUCGGCAGCUGAGCGCCAGACCCACCAACUCAGGCAGUUAGAAGGAUGCCAGAGCAGAGCCGCCACCCCCACUGCAGCACUCAGUCUGGGGCGUAGAGCAGCAUACAUGGGGGUCAUAUGCUGAGAUGUUCUGCCAGAGCCACUGUUAUGCAUGGGGUGGGACUGAGUACUGUCUCAUUACCUGCCCCAACCUCCAUGCAGAUACCAACACUUUUGUGUAUGUCAAGCGUCACUUCCUGUACCCAAGUGUUUCUUCAAACAUGGGUGCCUAAGGAUUGGUAUUGAAAGCUUGAUGUAAGGCACUUUCACAGGAGCUGAGGUCUCAGCAUCUUUCAUAACCAGGACACACACUCACAUUCCCAGUUUCAGGUGGUAGUUUGAUUAAUCUAUUUCAGGGUUGUUUUUUUUUCACAAUGAUGGUAGUGGCAUUUCACAUACACCUUGGCAUGUGCUGUGGACAGGCAUUAGAAUUCUGCAUUAACCAAGGCAAGGCUGUAUCCAUAAAAUAACAUCUGGGGAAGGCAGAGAUUUAACUGCCUGAGCUGGCAGACUGCAGAUGGUGGAAAUGGAAGAUAAGUCAGGUUGACUUGUGGUAUGACAGGACCUCUUGGGGAUUCCUGUGCUGACAAACAAGGUUGUUAACCAGGAUGACAAUAAAUAAUUAUUUUAAGGAAAUCUGAGAUGGGGGGCGGAGAGGGAGGGCAUGCAUGCAUGUAUAUGCACACAUACACAGCUGGAGCAGCUGUUGGGAGCCUAGUGCCUUUCUUGCCAGGGAUGGAGGGUGCUGCAUGGGCUCUGUCUAACUCAUGGCUCUGGCCCAGUACCUGUGGCUGUGUCCUAUCCAUACACCUGGGCUGCACCCACCUGGGCCUGGUGUAUGGAUAGGACACAGCUGGUCUGGCUGGGCUCUCAUCGUGGGGGCUGCAGUGUGGCUGGCCCACCCUGGCAGUGCAUGGCUGUUGGGAUGGGGCCGGAGCCAUGAGCCAGCACAGACCAGAUGGAGCCUGUGCAGCAUUCAGAGACCUGGCUCUGGUAAGAAAGGCACUGUGCUCCCCAGUGCAUCUUGACAGCUGCUCUGGCCCUGCCCAUUGCCCCACACACCACUCCACAGCUCCCAGGAGCGGGGCCAGGCAGGACAGCGAGGCACACACACACAGCUGCAACCCCAUGGCUCCCAGGUUCCUACCAGUCUGGAACUUUUGCUUAAAUUUUCUCCAGUGGCCGGGACACUGAGACAGCCUAUAAAAUCCAGGACUGUCCUGGCCAACAUGGUCACCCUAUUGUUAGGCUACUUGAAGGAGCAGCACACAUGGAUGUAGCAAGUGAGGAAAGGGAAAAAUGCAGCUAUGAUUAACUCUUUGUUUUUUAAAAAAGGCUGUCACUUAAAGGUGGUGUGGGAACAGACAAGGGGCAACUUAGAGAAGGUCCUUGGCCCCAGGCUCUGGAGCAUCAAACACUGCAUCUAGGUCAAACACAAAGUUAGUCCUUUUAUGCUUCUGUCUGGGGAAGCUGAUCCUCACUACUUUCGAGGCUUAUGGACCAUUAGGCUACUGUCAUCUCUAAAACUUUGCUAAUAUUUUCUCUUUCUGUGACAAAUACAGUGGAAAGUCUACACUAUUUUGUUCUUCUUUCUGCUGGGAAACAGACAUGGAUUCCUUUACUGUACAUCUUAUUCUAAAAGCAUCUUUUAACAGCAAACUUUAAGUAUGUUCCCAUCAUUCUGAAGUCACAUUAAGAGUAAUUUCUUCAAGCCAGGAACACAAUUGCUGCUUUUAAUUGAAGAGAUUACAAAGGAACCUAUUUCACACUGGAGUCUCUGGGUGCUAGUUGCAGUAUAAAUCUCUGCAAUAGGCUCUGCAAUGAAGAGGCUGAUCUGCUGAUAUGUAUCCAGCUGAAAGUGUUAAGUGUUUUGUUUGCUUACAUGGGAACAGACUCUUAUGCUUGUUUAACAAAGGUGUCCUGGUGGCUGCAAAUGUUUGGUUUUUAGCUUUGGUGUCUGUCACUGUUUCUAGGUCCUGACACUUUCAGUGAAGCUUGCUGAACUCAGAGAUUAACACUGGAGUGGUAUUUUGAGGCCUGUAACUUUCAGACAAUUCUGCAUUGAAGAUACUGCUGUUAAUACUGUAGAUGGCAACUGCCUGAUCAGCUGAGACUUUUGGUCCAGCACCAGAGGCUGAGAUCACUUGCCUGUGUGGGUGGUGUUCUUCACGAUAACAGUCAGAGAUUGUCUUGUGAACCAAUUUGUGGAUGCUCGUGUUACCCAUAAAUGUAUGUGCUCUUCUUAAAUUUCUUCCUAAGCUCUUGGCUGCUGUGGCAAGCUUGGAAGGGUUAAAAUUAGGAAAGCUCCCUGGUGAGGUGGUACGUGUGACAGAGUGAGGAUAGGUUGCAGGUGGGAGGGGGAGGUGAGGAGGGACAGACAUCUGCUAAAACUAACAAAGUCCUGGUACAUGUCUGUGAAGAAUCCCUGCCCUUAAUUAAAUGCUCCUUUUUCUUGUACUAUGAGAUGGUUAAAAGGAGUGUCUAACUUUAUAAAAAGCAUUAUCAUGUCUUAUCCCUGAACACCUCCAAACCCAGUCUUUUCAGUUUCACAUGGAAGCCUCACUCCCUAACCUUUUCACUAUGUCCCUUUAGAUAAGAAUAAAUUCAUUCAGUUUGACCAUAACAGCACAGUAUUUCCAGCAAGGCAGAGGUAGUAGCCCUUCCAUGAUAGACUAUUCUACAACAGCAUUUUAAUUGUAUGCAGUUCGUAACUCUCAGAUACUGAGGGUUUCUUCUGAUCAAGAUGAAUAAAACAAUUUGCCAGAGAAGUCGCUAAAACUUUAGCUUCCUCCUACAGAGUGAGGACUAGAUACAAAGCAAGCCAUAGCUGCAUUUACACCUUAAUCACCAGAUUACAGGAAAGCAGGUAAACUUAAGUGUGCCUGAAAUACAGAGGUGGUGCUGGUGUGUAGUGAUCGUGUCUAAAUAUGAUAAGGAAAUUUAAUAUACUGAUAUAAGUAACGGUAUGCAGGAUCAUAUUCUUAAGAACAAGCAUGCCCAAACUUCCAAGAAUCCCUGGCUUAAGCAGAAAGACAAAAAGAUAAGGUAGUAAUAGCAUUACUACAAAUUAGACAAAGGAAGGAAGCUACUAUAUAGAUCUUAAGAGAAAAAGUGGUAGACCAGGGUAGACCAUCUCUUCCAGCUAUGGAUUGGAAUGACCCACCCCAGGUUGGAGGCAAGCAGACAGAUACUGGGACCCAGCUGCUGCCAGUGCUUAUUCCUGCAGUGACAUGGAGAGAGUGUCCAUGGCCUAAGCCCCUUGCUAUCAAAGUCUCACAUCUAUUGGCUGAAUCCAGUCACCCUGUGGUAAAGAAACCAUGUGGAUCACUGAGCUCUGCCAAGAAUGAACUAAGGAUAAAUAAGGAAUGGAAAUGGGGGGAAAAUAGGUUGUGCAUUUUGGGGGAAAAUGAGACAGGUGUGUAACUAAGUUUCUGGAAGGCAAACACUUCUCUCCCCCUCCCACCUUUCUUAGUAUCAGCUGGAACCAGCCAGCACGGGACAAUCAGAAUUUAUCCCUGUCACAACCCAAGGGUGUGAUUUUUGUUUUGUGUGCGCUUUGGCACCACUGAAUUAUUUU